CAUUGACACGCCUUAUUGUAAUAAUUCAUGACGUUGCGUACGUAACUUAUGUUUCUCACAAAAAAGGAGGCCAUUUAAUUGCUCGAUCUCUUUGACGGCAGAACUGCCAUAUAGCUACAGUGUCUGAAGACCGUUUUCAGGAAGGAGCGUAAAAAAAGAACAUUCAAAAUGUCCGACGACGGAAAGCUGUUUGUCGGGAGCUUGAACUACCAGACCUCAGAAGAAGCUUUGGAAGUGGCCUUUGGGAAGUAUGGGGUCAUCUUGAAAGUUGAUGUGAUCAGAGACAGGGACACAGGCAGGUCGAGAGGGUUUGGCUUUGUAACAUUUCAAAACCCAGAAGAUGCCAAAGAUGCCAUGGAAGCCUUGAAUGCAACGGAACUUGAAGGCAGAUGUAUCCGGGUAGAUGAAGCCGGCAAAUCUGGAACCAGGUCCGGAGGAGGAUUCAGAGGGGGCAGGGGUGGAGGGGGUGGAUUCUACCAGCAACAAAGGGGGAGCCGGGGUGGAAGAGGAUAUGGAGGUGGAGACCGGUAUGGAGGCGAGAGGAGUUACGGAGACCGGAGUGGAGGAGGUUACGGUGGCGGUGGAUAUGGUAGUGGCAGUGGAGGAGGUUACCAGAGGAGCAGUGGUGGUGGAAGAUACGGUGGCAGCAGCAGCGGUGGUGGCGGCUACAGCAGAGACAGGGAACAGCACGGAUCCUACAGGGACAGCGACUAUGGUAAGUAUGAAUGGCUGUAGAAGCUUACAUGCAUUUCUCUUUUUCUUUUCCCCCCUCCCCCUUUUAACAGGCCCACGUACGAGGUUACUGUUAGCACAGUAGGAAGCUGUGAGCUUAACUGCGGAAGUAUUGAACAUGCCUUUGCCUGCCUCCUGCCCUCAUUCUCAGCUAAGAAACAUUGCUUAAAGAAUGGAGGGGAAGGGGGCAGUGGUUCAGAUCUCAAACCAGGAAUCGCCUCUGUACUAGCCAUUCAUGAGGAUGACUGAAGUGUUGGCUGAGUUUGUUGGUGUGCUUGUGGGGGCAUUGCGCCUUCAGGCCUUGGUAGUGUCGCUGUCUAUAGGGCUGAACGUAUUUCACACCGAAAUCGCAGCUUAAAAGAACACAAUAGCAAAAGCAAAUUUUUUGCGAUAAUAAAUUAGCGUUUAGGUUAAUUCAGGAGUGCUUGUGAAGUUGUCCAUCCGGAGACAGUGUAGUUAGUGACUCAAUUGGAAUAGUCCAAAAUGGAACCUGCUGUUGCUCUACACUGGCAAAUCUUUAGCGCAACUCGAUAGCGUGAACGGACCACACAUGGGGCCGCGGCGCAGGCUUCGCCUGAGGACACGUCUGAACGUCAUGGACUCGGCUUCUCAGGCAAGCCGGACGCUGAUCAGCAGAAGCUGCAGGAUUCGUCUCAAAGGGCCUGUUGAGACGUGUCGCCUCUAAAUGUUUAAGUCGGCAGCUGUUCAACGGUGCCGACAUUACGAAAAUCGUAACGGGCUAUAACCAUUUCAUUUAACCGUGACAUUCUGGUAUCAGUUCAUUGAUAUCAAAUUUCGCAAACCUGAUUUUGAUAUCGAGAAAAAUUAUUAAAUGCCUUAAGUGACACCCAGCUAACAUGCUCCUCCAACAGCAAUGAAAUGAUAUAAUAUCAUGUCAAAAUAUAAACACUCAACAGUGACCCACUGAUUUGUGGCAGCUGAAAUUGUCCGCUCUCUCCUACCCAGCAUAUGGUGCUUUUCUGCGAUUUGUGUUUUCAUAGUCCCAGUAUUUGCUCGGAAAUUGACCAUCAUUUUUUUUCUUUUUUGUUUUUAUGCAUCAAUGCAUAAAAAAAAUUCUAAUCCAUUCAUAUCAUUUCGCCUUAAUAUACUGGCUAUUAUUAAACAAACCGCAGUUUGUAUGUUGACAGCAUCUAAUAUUUGGUGGCUUUGCUAUAAUAUUUUUUAUCGUAUGCAAUACAGAACUGUGAAUGCAUAGGGGAGGGGACUUAAAAAAAAAUCUCAAUAUUGGUCUGGAAAAAAAUAGCAAUUAUAAUAGUUUCCUGAGCCGUUCAGCCCUACUGUCCCAUCAGGAUGGAGGACUGCAUCUAAACGGCACAUCUUCAGAACUGCCUCUCUACUUCCUCCUGUAGGAGUGUAAUUGAAAGUUUUUUUGUGUUCGUUUCUUUGUUUGUUUUUGGGUGGGGUCAGUAGUUUUUGGGGUUUUUGGGGAAGAGAUGUCUAAAUGAUUCAGUGCCUUUACACCUGUGCCUACUUCUUGUCCU